CUCACGCAACCCUCACGAUGGGCGAGCCAUUUACUGGACAAUACGUAUAUAGCCCGCCACCGCGCCCGCGCUUUCUCCCCAUAUCGACCUCGUGAACGUAAAAAGGACGUGCAAAUAUCCGUCCAGCGAAGAUGAAUAACGACAGGGCGACCAGUAUAUAUCCUCAGGCCCAGCAUGCGCGAAGGGCUUCCACCUACCGGUAUUCGGCCGCGAUGACUCCUAACCCGCUGGGGGACGCGACGACGACGGUCCAUAUCUCGAACUUGCACUGCAGCAGCUGCGUGGACGCGAUCCAGGAAUGCCUCUCCGUGCUCGAUCCCCCGCCGCUCUCUGUCGAGGUGUCGAUCGUGCUGCAGACCGUGCGGGUCUAUCAUCACCAGGCUCUCUCCCCAACGACUAUCGCGCAGGCCAUUGAGGACGCGGGCUUUGACGUUGUCGAUGCAGACCCGGGCCCCUCGAGGCUGUCUGCUACCGAGCGCCACCGUCGGCACCUGGAGGAAUGCUCGCAGUGCAAGCGCGAGGCGGCGGGCACUGCGUCGUCGAGCUCUGGUCUCCUGUCUUCGGAGGGGAGCGUCGAGAAGGAUUCCCCUCCAUCACAGACGAAUGACGAUGCAGAAGGGCCGUUCAAGGUCACCCUCUCUGUCGGCGGCAUGACCUGCGCGUCGUGCACGAACGCGGUCACGGGUGCCGUCUCGCCUAUCAAGGGCGUCGAGAAGGUAGCGGUCAGCCUACUGGACGGUGCUGCCACCGUCCUGGUAGACACUCGCGAGCGCGCCAACGAAGUGCAGGAGGCUAUCGACGACUGCGGAUUCGAGGCGACCGUCGUAUCUGUCGAGCCUCUGAAGACCGAGGCAGCGGUCAAGACCGAGUGGCGCACUGUGUCGCUCCGUGUUGACGGCAUGUACUGCCGUCAUUGCCCUGGAAAAAUCAUGGCUGCACUCAAGACUCUACCCCAGGUUAUAGUCGAAAAGCCCAUCGAAUCAAUUGAAGACCCCGUCCUAACCGUGCGCUACGAACCCCGAUCCCCCUCGCUCACCAUCCGCACCAUCAUUUCCGCCCUCGCCUCCGCCAACGACCCGCCUUUCACCGUCUCCAUCCACAAGCCCCCCAGCGUCGAGCAGCUCUCCCGCCGCAUGCAGCUCCGCGAGAAGCGCGCCCUCCUCCUCCGCCUCAUCGUCGCCGUCAUCGUCGCCAUCCCGACCUUCAUUCUCGGCAUCGUGUACAUGUCGCUCGUGCCCUCGUCCUCGCACACGAAGAUGUUCCUCAUGGAGCCGAUGUGGGCGGGAGAUACGGCGCGGGUGACCUGGGCAUUGUUCUUCCUGGCGACCCCUGUCAUGUUCUACAGCGCCAGUCUCUUUCACCGUCGCAGCUUUAAGGAGCUCCGGGCGUUGUGGCGGCCGGGUAGUCCGACGCCGUUGUGGAAGCGCUUCGUACGCUUUGGGAGUAUGAAUCUGCUGGUCUCGAUGGGCGUCAGUGUCGCAUACUUUGCCUCCAUCGUUCUCCUGGGCCUGUCGUCCGUACAGGAGAGGAACGAGGAUGGGAUGGGCGAUAGGACGACCUACUUCGACUCUGUGGUUUUCCUGACCAUGUUCUUGCUAGCCGGCCGAUACCUGGAGUCGUAUUCCAAGGCCAGAACUGCAGACGCAGUGAACGCUUUGGCCUCCCUUCGUCCUUCUAAGGCUCUCCUACUCGUACCCCGCAGCGCCAAAUCGAACACCUCGCACUCAUCUCUUGCCACCUCCGCCUGCGACCCAGAGAAGGGUAACCUGGAAUCAGAAGCCCGCACCACAGUGACACCUCCCGGCUAUAACGUCGAGCACGUACCCGUUGACCUGCUAGAGGUCGGUGACAUCGUCCGCGUGCCCAGCGGCGCCACGCCGCCUGCCGACGGCGUCGUUGUCGAUGGCCACACCAACUUCGACGAGAGCUCGCUGACGGGCGAGUCGCGGCUCAUCGGCAAAGGGCCCGGCGACCAGGUGUGGCUCGGCACGAUCAAUCGCGGCAGCGCUGUCAGCGUUCGUGUCAAUGAGGUUGGAGGAGAGACGAUGCUCGACAACAUCGUCAAGGUCGUGCGCGAAGGCCAGACGCGCCGUGCACCUCUGGAGCGUGUCGCGGACCAGAUAACGGGCUACUUCGUCCCCGUCAUCACCUUGCUCGCUGUCAUAACAUGGCUGGUGUGGCUCAUCCUCGGCUUCAGCGGCGCACUUCCCCAGGACUACCUCGAUAUCGAGGUUGGCGGUUGGACCGUCUGGUCCCUCGAAUUCGCCAUCGCCGUCUUCGUCGUCGCCUGCCCCUGCGGCAUCGGUCUCGCCGCACCGACCGCACUCCUCGUCUCCUCCGGUCUGGCGGCCAAGUUCGGCAUCCUCGCGCGCGGCGGCGGGGAGGCGUUCGAGGAGAUGUCGCGCCUCGAUGUGAUCGUGUUCGAUAAGACGGGCACGCUGACGCAGGGCGGGAGCCCGACAUUGUCGGAUGCGCACAUCGUCGAGAAUGGGGUGUGGCGCAGGGAGGUUGUGCUCGGUGUUGCGGCUGAGCUGGAGAGCUCGUCGGGGCAUCCCUUGGGGAUUGCCAUCAGGGAGUACGCGCAGAAGAAUGGCGCUGAGGCGCAGCACGCGGACGCGUUCGAAGAGGUUGCUGGUCGCGGGCUGAAGGCGCACUUCGCUUCGUUGGAUGUUGAGGCAAUUAUCGGCAAUGAGGCCUGGAUGGAGGAGCAUGGAGCUCGGAUGGGUGGCGCUACGAGGAUGAUCGAGCAGUGGAAGGGCGAGGCGAAGAGCGUGGUACUGCUUGCUAUGAAGCGAGAAGACUCGUUUGAACUGGUCGCCGCCUUUGCGGUCACGGAUCCGCUGAGGCCAGAAGCGAAGGGGGUGAUAGCAUGGCUUCAGAAGCAAGGCAUCGAGACCUGGAUGAUCUCGGGCGACAACAAGAAGACGGCUUCUGCCGUCGCCUCCCAGGUCGGCAUACCUGCCCAGAAUGUCAUCGCAGACGUCCUGCCGACGGAGAAGGCGGAUAAGAUCGAAUGGCUUCAGAGGUCUGGCCCAAGAGCAAGCAGCGCAAAGACUGGACGCGCUGUUGUGGGUAUGGUGGGAGAUGGCAUCAACGACGCCCCUGCGCUCACCGCCGCCGACGUGGGCAUCGCCGUGGCUUCGGGCAGCGACGUGGCCAUUUCGAGCGCCAGUUUCAUCCUCUUGACCUCCGAUCUGCGCAGCUUGGUCACUCUGCGCGACCUCGCGCAAACGACGAUCCGGCGGGUCAAGUUCAACUUCGCUUGGGCCCUGGUCUACAACAUCGCUGCCGUGCCCAUCGCUGCCGGCGUCAUCUACCCAGCCGGACAUGCACGACUCGACCCCGUGUGGGCGUCGCUGGCUAUGGCUUUGUCCUCCGUCUCCGUUAUUUGCAGCUCGCUACUUUUGAAGCUGUAUCGGGAGCCUCGGACGCCGAUAUCGUGAUUCAGGGCUAGCUCUCCGACGGCUCGGGUGUGGCGCGCCUGCCUGCACACCGCAAGGCGGCGCGUCAGUCAGAAUAUUUCUUAUGGCGCCGUCCAGAACGCGGAGCACUGUCUAUUCCGAUUCUAAUGUCUUACUGCGAUCGAGCUUAUGCGCCGGCUCGCUGAGGGUCGAGGUCUUCCUCUCGUCUCGAUGCCACCCUUUGUACUACAGGUCGAUGAGCUGUAUACGACUCUAUAUCAAUGUCAGUUCUAUCAUUGCAUAGGUGUAAUUGAUCACCUGUCUGCUGACGGUUCGGGUGUCAACACGGUGGUAGGAAGGCGGUGCUGCAG